GAAGAGGCGUGCCUUGUCGGACAUCGGCGCCGUCACUGCGCACGGCGUGGGCUGGAGCGCGCGUGUUUACAUCGAUGAGUGCAACGUUUUGGGGCCGCUGCGUUCUUGCAAGGAAGAUGCCGAGGCCGAUCUAGAGAGGCCGCGAGCUGCAUCUUCUCGGGAGCAGCUUCGUUUGGCAGCGCAACGCAUGAAGCCUGGCUUUGCCAGUCCGGUGUCUCUAGAACUUUGCGGCAUCAACGUCCAGUAUCCUUGGAGUCCGCUCAUCCUGGCCGGGGUGAAAGCCGUCGAGGGUUUCACGCAGGAUGCUGACUGCGCCAUCGACGUUGGUGCACCGCCUGAAAAGGCUCGCGUCAUUGGCGUGGUUCGAAUCAGCGGCUGUUUUCAGUACGAUUGGUUGCAUCUGGGUGACGGUCCGGUCUCCGGCUGGGUGGUGGGCAACACGAAGGAAGCGGAACCCACGCCGGCCGACUCGAAGACAAUGCUCGGCAGGCAGCGUCCACGUUCGUUGACUGUGAGCUUCCGCGCUGUGUAG